AUGCCACCUAAAAAACGACUAUCUUUAUCUCGAAAUUCGAGAGAAGCUAAGAGAAUGAGAAAUGUGCGUUCUCAAGAAUUGGCAGAGGAAAGAGCACAUUGGUUAAGCUCUAUGAGAGUUAGUGCCUCAAAUUCUCUAGCCAAUGAAAGCUCUCCAGAAAGAGAGAUGCGAUUAGCAGCUGACAGAGCGAGACGAGUUACAUCACGUGCGUCUCAAAGUUCUUCUCAGCGAGAGCUAAGGCUUACCAUUGACCGAGAACAAGAUGUGUUAUCCCGAGAAGCUGAAACUACUUCACAACGUGAAUUGUGGCUCACAGCUGACCGCGAACGGCAUACAUUAUCUCGCGAGUCCGAAACCUACACUGAGAGGGAAUUACGUCUCACAGCUGAUCGCGAGAGGCAUGUACUAUCCCGUGAGUCUGAAACCUACACUGAGAGGGAAUUACGUCUCACAGCUGACCGCGAACGGCAUACAUUAUCUCGCGAGUCCGAAACCUAUACUGAGAGGGAAUUACGUCUCACAGCUGAUCGCGAACGUCAUAUUUUAUCUCGAGAAUCUGAAACUUUUACUCAAUAUGAAGACCGUUUGACAAAUGAUAGGGUGCACCAUAAUAUUAUUCGAUCUCUUGAAAAUUAA